AUGCAACAAACUGCCGGCUGGUUAAAUAAGCGUCGCCAGAGCAGUAUGCAAACGGGCCGAAGAAUCAAAUAUAAGGAGCAAAGCCCAGCUUGCAUCCACUGCAAGGACCGCAACAUGCUCAGUCAAUAUCCACCACAACCAAGAUUGACCCGACUAGACAGCAAGCACCGCUUCUCAAUAUCCAGCGCCUCAUCAACCUCAACCUCAGCCUCUACAUCCAUGGCGUCUACACCGUUAGCAAUGGCCCAACCGGCGGUGUCAACUCCCAAAUCUGAACCCUGCCUCCCUUUCAUAGAAGAAACCCACCUUCAAGACCUCGAGUUAAUGAUGCACUGGUGCACAUCAACCUACAAAUCAAUGGCUCGCGACAGCAACUCGGAACGAAUCUGGCAACAAACAAUUCCCAACCUCUCCCUUCACCACCCUGCCCUCCGUGAGGGGCUGCUGGCUCUCUCCGCCCUACAUAUCGCAUCAACCAGCACAUCCUCCCGUCGCUGGCAAUACCUCGACACCGCCCGUACCCACCGAGCCCAGGCCCUUCUCGGCCUCCACCCAGACGGCGAAACCUCCGACCUCCUAGACUCCGAAUGCGACGCCACCUUCGCCUUAUGCUGCCUCAUGGUUGUAUUCGCCUUCGGCUACUGUCUUGUCGAUGGCGACAACGACGCGGAUGAACCAGAGAUUCUAGACGAAUUCUUCGAAGUCUUCCAGCUAACCCGGUGGCUCGUCAGCAUUAUGACCCCAGUGCUAGACCGCGUGGCAACGGGCGACCUGAGCCCGUUAGUAAAGCCUGAAGAUCCCCUUCCCACCAUGCCGGACAUGUCCCGGCUCGUGAUCUUAUCGUUGCGUCGACGGAAUGGCUGUGAAGCGCGGCAGGACCCGGCGCACGACGAAACAUUAUAUGACGCGGCGAUCGAGCAUUUGAGCCAUGACCUCGAGAAGCUAAUGAAAGGUGGCGAGCCGAAGGUGUUUGCCUUCUGUUGGAGUUUUCGGAUCCCUGCCGGAUUUUUGGAGCUGCUGGAAGCGCGUCAGCCGUUCGCACUUGUGGUGCUUGCGCAUUAUGCGGUUAUUCUGCAUCAUCUAAGGGAUUCGUGGUGGAUGGGUAGUUGGGCAACGAGGAUCUUGUUGGAGAUUGGAGAUUUGCUGAAGCCUGAGUGGAGAGCACUUAUUGGGUGGCCGGCCGAUGCGAUGGGAUGUUUUAUUCCUUAG